UGUAUAUUUAUUGGUGAAUAACGAAAAACGAUUCAACUUCACACUGCCGAUUUUUAAACUUUUUGUACCGCGCCAGCUACCAAUGUCAAGGCUUUAUGUUGGCCUACAAAUUCCAUCGUACUCCAGUUACACUUGCUGUCUAUUUCAUAUUUCAUCCCAGCCUGUGUGCUCAACUAGAUUUAUAUUAGGCUAUUUUGUCUGCUUGUGAUUGGAACUUCAUCUCUUAGAAGUGUGACGUAAAGAGAAAAACAGCAUAUUCGAAAUGUGGCUAUGUAUCAUGACAAUACUAAUAGGUUAUUGGACCUUAAAAUGGUUCUUAGAGAGGUUAAAGGUCGAGAAUUAUAGCGAAAAGUACGUCUUAGUUACUGGAUGUGAUACAGGAUUUGGAAAGCUCUUGGCGAAAAGAUUAGAUGGUUUAGGAUUUCAUGUUAUUGCUGCCUGUCUGAAACAAGAUGCUGCAGCUGAAUUGAAGAAGACUUCGUCCGAACUUCUUCAGACACUCCAAUUAGAUGUUACGUCUGAAGAUGAUAUCAAGUCUGCACUCACCAAGGUGAAAUCAAUUUUACCCCCAAACAAAGGUCUAUGGGCUGUUGUAAAUAAUGCUGGUAUAGUUGGGGCUGUUGGACCUGUAGAAUGUUUGAAUAGAAAAGACUACCUAGAUACACUUGCUGUUAAUCUACUUGGUGUAAUCGACGUCACUAAAACGUUUUUACCACUGGUGAGAAAGGAAAGAGGAAGGGUAGUAAAUACUGCCAGCAUGGGUGGACGUCUAUCUAUAAAGUUUCUUCCUUACUGCAUCACCAAAUAUGGAGUGGAAGCUUUCUCCGAUUUCUUAAGACGUGAGGUAUACCAUCAGGGUGUGAAAGUGAGCAUCUUGGAACCAGGUUGUUUUAAAACAAAUAUACUCAACCUAACGAUAAUAGAGGAUGUCUAUCAUAGAACAUUCCAGCAAGCAGAUGCUGAUUGUCAACAGUAUUAUGGCGAAGAGUUUAUCAAAGAAUACACCAAUAAAGUGAUCAGAGACCUUCAAAACCAAGCUUCAGACAAAUUCUAUAAGGUGAUAGACGCCUAUGUACAUGCCAUUACAGCCAGAUACCCAAAGUUUAGAUAUAUCAUAGGAAACGAUGCUAAUUACCUCGCCAGAUUUUUAUGGACUGUUCCAGAAUGGAUAUCAGAUUUUAUUAUUUGCUACAAUUUUCCCCAACCUGCAGGGAUGAAAUAAACAUUGCUUGAACUACGCUUGUUAAACAGUGAUAACAUCUAAAAUCAAUGAUGACAGCAGAUUUGACUAAUACCUCAAUCUAAUCUUUUUAAAUGUCAGUCCAUCAAAUUGUACGAACUAAUGAUUAAAAUUUUUAAAGAAAC